UGUAAAGUGAAGGAACUGAAUUUUCACUUGAUAUACCUACUGCAAUCGUUCUGAUGCUUGUUUAUCUACGGCUUUAAACUGUCGGAAUCUAUGGCUUUAACUUUAUCGCGUUCGUUUGCAAUAUGCAUUUUCAAAAUUGUGUAUAUAUCUUGGGUACGAGACCAUCUGUCAUUGAUGCAUUCAGCAUUUUCAACCAUGCACGUAGCCAUAUCAUUCCAUCGAACAACGAAGUGGAAGAGAUCUACAUUGUGAAACAAGAAGAUGAUUUAGAGGGAUCGAACUUGAACCCGCUGAUUUCUGGAACAAGUUCAGGAUUUGUUUCGGAAGCGUUUGUAAACGAAGAUGUCGAAAUUAAGAUCGAACAGGAGAUUGAAUAUUUUCCGAACGAAGAUUCAUCUGAAAACUACAAGUCUCGAGACAAUUGUAAACAGACAAGUAACAUUGAUUCUAUUGAAGAACAUACAUCACAAGAAAACGCUGAUAAGAAAGAAGACACGAGUGAAAGGAACCGAGAAUGGUAUGUAGCGGAAACUAACCCCUAUGUAACUGUUGUAGCUCGUCCGAACGAUGGUGUUGGCGAAGUAUAUUACCCGGAAAGUGUUAACAAUGAGCCGAUUGAAGAAGGACAACGGUCAAAACAGCGCGUUGGUGAUCAUUCGAACAAUGGAGACAUUCACGUAUUUGUUGCCCAAGAAGAAUUAAGUUUAGAUGACGCUGAUGCUAACGAUGAUUGCAAGUUGAAGACGCGACGUCGUAAGGAUGAUCAACAACCGAAACGACGGAAGGUUGGCAGACCGCGGAAGAAGGUGUCAGAACGGUUGGAGGACUGGCUCGUUUCUUCCAGCAGCAAGCGACGGCAAAGUCACACGUAUCAAACAGAUGAAACGUACACCGGGGCAGAUGAGAUGGAAAAAGAAGAUACAACUCAGUGCUAUAUUUGUCGAAAGGAAUUUACGUUACGGGCGAAACUAAACGAACAUCUUCAAAAGGAGCACGCGAAAGAUAUUCCAUUCAAUUGUAAAAUGUGUGUUUCGGAAACGAUUACCAAUUUACAUCGUUUAAAUUUGCACCAUCAGCAGCAUGAUUUGACGUUGAAGCGCCGCUGUCACUAUUGUCCAGCCCGAUUCUCUUGUGGCCAAGCCGUUAGUAGACAUAUGCGUAACUUACAUCAAUUACAGUACGAAAUCGAUGCGGAAAAGAACAGACGCUUUGUGUGUCGUUACUGCGCUCAAAAGUUUACCAAAAAGUAUGAUCUGGAAAAGCACGAAAAGAAACAUCACGUGGAACAAUCGAGCGACGAAGAGUACUUGAAGCGUGAGUUGAUGUGUUACAUCUGCAAUGAUUUCAUUGGUAAAUCCCGCGAAGAUCUUAACGAACAUGUUCGUAUGCACUCGGAUUGGUUGCCGUAUCAAUGUGGCCAGUGUGAUAAUAAGAUGAUAAAUUCAACCAGAGUCUUGCGGGAACAUCUUCGUCAGCAUGCUGCCGGACUGGCCAUUAAGUGUGUCUAUUGCGAGAAGCGUUUCGCAACGUUAGCUGACUGCCAGCAUCACGAGGAACGGGAACACGUACAAGAGAAACACUUGGAUGAGCUGCAAGAAGCGAAAAUACAGUCUGAAAUACACGGCACGAAAGUUUUAGUUACUGAUGGACAAAAGCGUUUCCAGUGUCAGAGCUGUGAUCGUUCGUAUACGUUGCUAAGUACAUUGCGGCGCCACCAGAAUGUUCACACGCUGGAAAACAAAUUCGAAUGCAAAUAUUGCGGGAAGGUGUUUAACAAAUCUUCCACGCUCGUUAUGCACGAGAAACGGAAUCACGACGAAAAUAGUCCUUACGGUUGUGAUGUUUGUGGUAAACGAUUCAAGGAAACGAGCAAAUUAAUUGAUCAUCGCCGUACCCAUUCUGGUGAGAAACCGUUCAUUUGUGAGGUUUGCGGUAAAUGUUUCCGGAUUCGGCAGGUACUGAAAGAGCACAAACUCAGUUGCUUUGGUCCUGAAGCCAUUCAGUCGUGUCACUGUGUGCUCUGUGCACAAACCUUCGCCAGCCUUUCCAUUGCACUGCAACACGUGAAAUCCGAACACGAAUCGGAUAUGUCUGAUAGAAAGUGCCGUUACUGUGAUUUAAUCUUUCGGGAGGCAGAAUCAUUGGUUGAACACGAAUUCCGUCAUACACUGCCAGGCAUAAUCACGUGCAACAUUUGUAAUCGCAUCUUCAAGCAUCAUAAAAAUCUAAUGCGCCACGUGAAGAUGCAUGCCGAUCAGCCGGUACCGUAUAUGUGCGAUUUGUGUGGCAAAACCUUCACGCAGAAGGGCUCCCUAACGAUCCAUCGUCGUAUACAUACAGGAGAGCGUCCAUUUUCGUGCCAGUUGUGCCAGAAAGGAUUCGUCGAUAAGAAGGAAAUGCGUCGACAUUAUACAUCCCACUUUAAUCCUCAAAGUAAAUUGUACAUACCGAAUGCGCAGUCUAUAGCAAUGCCCCCAGAAGCUGGUCCUACUGGAAAGAAAUACAAGACGUAUAAUUGUAAAGUCUGCAGUCGGCAAUUUACGUCUAGCUCGAACCUUGCUAAGCAUCUAACAACUCAUACUGGUGAAAAGAAAUAUGUUUGCGAGUUCUGCGAUAAACGGUUCAGUCAGGGCGGCCAGCUGACAGUACACAGGCGCAUACACACAGGAGAGCGUCCAUUUGCGUGUGAUAGCUGUGGUGAUAGAUUUUUGGAUGGAAGCAGUUUUAAACGCCACAAAACACACCACCUGUGCCGUGUAAUUACUUCAUCGCCACUUAGUGUACGUACCGGUGCUGAAGAUUCACAAAUAGAAUUGCCAUUAUCAAUCGAAUAUACUAAUUCUAUUCCUAAAGUAGAAAGUACACGAUAAGUGGAAGCAAUAAUGAUCAAAAUUACGUGAUUUAUUUUAAUGCAGACCUAUGUAAGACAUUACUCAUUGCAGUAGAUAUAUUUGAAUAUCUGUCUGGCAUUAAUCAUAACAGAAAUGAAUAAAUCAGAUAUGGACAUGACAUUGAGAUGAUUUAAAAUAAAGGAAAGAUGUAAUUUGUUAAAACCGGACUAACAAGGGUUUAAUUUAGGAUUUGAGUUCAUUUGAUUUUUAAUGAGGCAGGUUAUUUUGAAAAAUAAAAAUAAACAAAACAAAAAAUUAAAAUAAAUUGCACCUCCGUUGUAGAACACGUUUGGCGAUAGUUUUUUUACUUAAGGGCAAACAUAUUGUUUUCCAGUACCGCUGAUAUAGUACAUAUUUAAUCCUUGCAAAAUACACCCGAAUACAUUUACAAAAAGUAUGUAAUUGUGCUUUUUAAGCAGAACGUCCUUUAGGUUAAAGUAGAUUAGAAAAACUAUAACCAGAUAAAAAAAUAACUAAAAGUUUGAUUUGGACAACAAAGCUGAUGAGAGCGAAGAUAAAAUUUAUAAAAAAAAUAACGAUUGAGAAUCGCGUAAUUCUGAUUCCCUAGUUAGGAAUUAGUUAAAAAUUAAUGUCAUUUUUGUGGUACUAUAUCAGAGUAUAUAUUUCGUUUAGAUUAUACAAAACUAGACAUGUAUUUUUAGGAAGGGCCAUUACGAUCGAGAAGGUACUGCAGAGUUAUAUUUCAUUUUGUUUUAUUAUUUUUAUUGUAAAAACUUCACGGUCGUAUAACUAUCGAAUUAUAAUUAUGAGGUAAAAAACAAAAAUUUUCUUCGAAAAUGAAUUCGAAUUUAAUUUUAAAUUGUCUAUUGAGAUAGCCGUAUAUUAUGAAUAUUUUAUUAAAAACAAACCCAAUCCACUACAUGAGUACAGAGUAUAAUCGUAGAUACAACGCAAUUAGUACAAUGAUAGCUUCGCACUAAUUGUAUAAUUGCAAACAAGGCACAAGUUCAUGUCUAUUGGGCCACCCUAUAUAAUGGUUGCUAGUUAUACUUUUUGCUGAACCGCUAGUCCACCAGAAAUGGACUGAGAUAUAAUACGAGGUAUUGGUAUCCGUUUGCCAAAGGGAAUCUUAAUCUGAAAGGUUUCAGCUUGGAAACUCUCAAUUAACUCACGGUUUUAGACAAUAUCAUCAAUAGCCUAUCUCGUAUUGUUAUGCCAGCUGAUUGGAACUUAGCAAACUAAUAGUUUCCACUUGAGGGUCGCAUACUCGCAGAAAUAAAAAAACAAACAUCAGACAUGUAAAUAAAUUGUUAAUAAAACUGUUAUUCGAUACAUACACCACUACAAAUAUUUUUGGCUGACUUAAUAAGCAUAAUAGACAUGUUUUUGAUUUAAAAUUUACCAUGAUUUACUCGUAAGUUAUAUAAAAUUGAACAAUUUUGGCCCUGUGCGUAAAAAUAAAUAAAAAAGCAUACAAAACAUAUUCGUUGUAACUUGGUAGAAAAUUUAUACAUAUCAGUUAAGCUUUUUCUUUCGCAGCAUUAGAGUUAUGCUAGUAAUGAGUUAUGAUUAUGAUUUAUGGAGGAAAAGUAAAUAGGCCUCGGGACCAGGGAUUUAUAUGAAUAAAUAGCAAUUAUAAUUGUAACCAUUUAGUCACUCUGAAGGUCCGCCCUAGUUCAUAUCAAUGUACAACACGUGCCAACUUAUAAAUUUUCCAGUUUAGAUACUUUGAUGCCAAACCAAACCAUGGUUUGGAUUCGACAAUCGUCGCUGUUUGUCGAUGAUUGUCGUUGAUUGAGAGAGAGAGCGAGCAACUCUUAGAAAAUUUCUUUGUAUAAACUAUUGUGUUUCAAAGAUUAACGAACGCAACUACAACGUUUCAGAAGAAGAGACUCCAAAUGCAACAGAAAAGGAAAGCUCGAACCUAACGAAAAGAUGAACAUAAAAUUAUUCUAUCAAAAAGCAGCACAAAAACGAUUCAGACUCUGCGGCUUAUUAAGCUCCCCGUAGGAUCUAAGCGAAAUGGCUUAGCGAGCUGCUCCUGGGAUUCUCUAAACUAAAGAUGGUUCGCAACAUGCAUCGGACUUGAAAUUGUGAAAUUUCGAGCUAUUGACUGGAUGGUUAACGGAUAUCCUAACUAAACACUUCCCUCACUUAACUCACUUAGUUUGAUCCGCCACUGGGUACGAGUAACCGUUCUUGUGAAAACAUGGUUCUGAAAAUGAACUUUGUAUCUGGAGUUAAUCUUUUGUGUUUUUUAGACAGAUUAAGCUCAGGGAUUUUUAAAAGCUCGGAGCUACCUGAAAACUCAGGGCUGUUCCGAUUUAGGCUAGAACCGCAUUUGAAAAGCGUCAUUUGGAUGGCGAAAGAGACCCCCGAGCUGAUAUUCUAAAAAGAAAAAAGAAUUGCUACAUUCUGUACACAUAAUGUAAAAUACAAUUAUUAAACUACAAAUCAGACAGAUCGAUAUAACAUCAUAUCGAUACAAUCAUUGUUUUUUCUCAAGUAGUAUAGCAGCAGUUGGCAACAUACUAACCAAUGUUUCUUAUUAAAAGGAGAACCAUUGGGGCCUACUUUAGAAUUUGAAUAUAUUUUUUUUCUUGAGUAGACAUAGUCAUGAAAACGAACGGACAAAUGAUUCAUUUUAAUUGCGUAAAAAUGUUUUUCAACCCGGUUGAUAACUAACUUGCAAGCAAACAUGACCCGAUCGUUCAACACAUUGAGGAAAAUGCUCUCCCACAACUACAAUUAACAAUUAUCUUUAGGUUAAACUUUAUGCUUAUCUACAAAUAAUAAAGAAAAUUUGUACAUUAUA